UGAAAUUGUCCGUAUUGUUGUUGAUUGCAUUUGGAAAUUAGUGUGAAUAGUUGAGGGCGAAGAGUGAUGGGGAGGUGUGGGUGUGGGAAGGAGGCAUUGAUCAUGAUGAUUCAGGUGGGUAGUGAGUAGGUGACACAAGUGGAUGGGGCUCUGCUUGCUUGGGAAGUUGAAAACAUUGAACGCAGCAACCCGCCUUACUUUCUUUUUCUACACAAACACCACGCACCACCUUUCAUCACUUCUUCUCCUCAAAUCCUCAACACCGGCUGCACCUCCUUCCUAUAUGUGUUUAAUUAGGGUUUACAUGCAAAUCUCUCUUGGUCGGUUCCCAGAUAAGGCCCUGCCACUUGGAUAAGAUAGCUAAACAAACAAACAAAGUAAAACCUUCUUUUUCUUUAAAUUAAACUUGAACAUGGCGAAUCGAUGGUGGGCUGGGAAUAAUGUGGCUAUGAGGGCAACCGACUCAAUCUCAGCGUCCCCAUCAGUGCACCUGAGAAGAGAACAGGAGUUCCUGGACACUCCCACCAACAACAACAACACUCCAACAAACAGCAGCAAUAGUAACACCAACCCCAACACCGAAGAAGACGAGAGCAGAGACACCGGUGCCGCUGCUGGAGCAAGGGGAGACGACAACAACCCUGCAGACCCGGCAAGCGGACCAGGAAGCAGCGGAAAAAGGCCACGUGGCAGGCCUCCGGGAUCUAAGAACAAGCCUAAACCCCCAGUUGUCAUUACCAAAGAGAGCCCCAACGCACUCCGCAGCCAUGUUCUUGAGAUCAGCAGCGGCUCCGACGUCGCUGAGAGCAUCGCCACCUUCGCCAACCGCCGCCAUCGAGGUGUGUCGGUCCUCAGUGGAAGCGGCAUUGUUGCAAACGUCACGCUCCGCCAACCCGCUGCUCCCGGUGGCGUCAUCACUCUCCAUGGAAGGUUCGAGAUACUCUCACUCAACGGCGCUUUCCUGCCCGCUCCUUCUCCUCCCGGGGCCACCGGACUCACCGUUUACCUGUCCGGCGGUCAGGGGCAGGUGGUUGGCGGAACUGUUGUGGGUUCCUUGGUGGCUUCGGGCCCUGUAAUGGUGAUUGCCGCAACCUUUGCCAAUGCUACUUAUGAACGGUUACCGCUUGUGGAAGAUGAACAAGUUGAAGAAGAAAUGCAAGUGCAGCAGCAACAUUCAGGAGGAGUGAGUGGUGGCGGUGGCGGUGCUGCUGCUGGUGGUGGCAGUGGAGGAGGUUCUUCUUCUCAAGGGGGUGGUUUGGGUGAGGGUGGUGGUUCUGUGGGGAUGUACAAUUUGCCACCGAAUUUGAUGCACAAUGGUCAAUUGGCGGCACAUGAUGUUUUCUGGGGACCUCCACCGCCUCGUCCUCCGCAGCCUCCAUCUUUCUAAAGGGACGACAACGGAAUGGGACGAAAUGAAGUGAAAUGUUGUUGUGAUAUAUCUCUUUCAUCAUAAUAACUGACUUGUUUGUUGUACUUUUGUGCAGUGACGGUUUUCUUUCUUUCUUAGCAAGGUAGUUAGGAUGAUGAGGAACCUUAGCUUUUUCUUUUGUUAGUUCAAUAUUUUGCUUUGCUUCAAAGGAACUCGCGAGUAGUAAUUUAAUCUUCAGAUAUGUUUUUAUUUGUA